AUGGAUACAUCAACUGUUCUUGAGAAAUAUACUCAAGAUCUAUCAAACUUACCAUUAGAAGUAAGACAUCUACUAGAAGAAAUAAAGAGCAAAGAUAUACAAGUAGUAGAUCUACGAGAACAAUGUCAAUCAAAAGAUAAUCAAAUACAUAAAUUUAUAAGAGCAAAUGGUACAUUAACAAAACAUCCAAAAGAACAACAGUUAUAUUCUAAAAUUGAAGAUGAUAUGAAAACGUUAAAAAAACUACAAAAGGAGAAGAUCUUGUUAUCAAAUACUGCGUUAUUCUUAAUAUCGAAACAUUUAUUUAAUUUUGAAGCUGAUAUAACAAAACUUGAAAGAGAUGAACUAUUGCCACCUUUAGAAGCCCCAAUAGAUUUAGAAAACCUAAGCAAAGAUGAAUUUUUAAAUUCUUUGAAUGGUUUAUCAGAUAGUUUGUCAGCAACUCCUACUCCAAGAAAUCCACUAUCAAUGACACCAGCAGUUGAUUCAAUAACAACAACAGUAUCAUCAAACAUGAAGAAAGGUCAAAAAAGAAAACAACCAACAAAAGGAGUUUCAUCGUCUGGUUCGACUCCUGGUGCAACAGGUUCAUUAGCUGUAUCCUCCAAUAAACAUAAGAAACUUAAAUCUGAAGAAAUUGAAGAUGUACCAGCUUAUGAAACAGGUUCAUUGGCCAUGGAUGCAGGGUCAAUGGAUAUACAACAAGGUGAAGAUGCUGAUAAUAAUUUAUAUUGUUUCUGUCAAAGAGUAUCAUUUGGUGAAAUGAUUGGUUGUGAUAAUGACGAUUGUAAAUAUGAAUGGUUUCAUUGGAGUUGUGUUGGAAUAACUUCACCGCCCAAAGAUGAUGAAAUAUGGUAUUGUCCCGAUUGUAGAACCAAGAAAAAGAAGAGAAGAAAUUAA